AUUUGUGUGUCAGUUCUCAUUUUCCUUGAUGAUACGGAUAAAGAUGAAUGAGUGAAUAAUUAAAAAAAAAAAAAGACGUGGAGCAUGGGUUUUGGGGAGAGGCGGAGAUGGAUUCCGCUGGUGCCUAAUUUGUAGUGAUACUGGCGACGAUUUAAAAGGUUUUUAACGACGACUUAUGAUGUCACUAGAAUUGGUCGAUAUAUCUGCCCCCAAACCCUAUUCUUCAUCAUUUGCCUCAUUUUCUUUUUCUAUGAAGUCUCUCUCCCUCGAGCGGCGCUGGUGAUCUCCUUUCCUCUUAGGGCUCCGAAAACGGCGGCUAAGCAAGGAUAUCGUCCUCUCCGGCCUCUCUCUUCAGCAGAUUCCGGCAACCACCGUCCUCUUCGGCGAGUGACAGUGCCGCCGGCGUGCUCUCCACUUUUGCAGAUCUGAUAAGCGCUACACUUAUAAAAUGUCGAUAGACAAGACUUGGAUUAACAAUCCAAAUAAAGUGUCUGAUGAAUAUAAAGCUGGAGUGUUGGCAUUUGUUGAGAGAGCUAGUCAUUUUGUGGAUGCAGGGGGACGGGUGAAGUGUCCUUGUAACAAGUGUAUUAAUAUCCAAUUUCAGACUAUCGAUGCAUUAGAAAGCCAUCUUUUCAAGAAUGGGUUUUUACAAAUAUAUACUAAUUGGAAUUGGCAUGGAGAAGAUGAAAUAAUACUAACAAAUAAAGUGGUGCAACAAUGUUUAAAGGAUGAGAUGAUGGAUGCUCUUAAUGAUACAGUACAACUUGAAAAUAACAAAGAUGAAGAAAACAAGCGUGAUGAUAAGAUACCUACAACUAAGGAAAGCGAGCAUGAUGAUGAGAUGCCUACAUCUGAAGAAAGUGAGCGUGAUGAUGAGACAUAUACAACUGAAGAAUACGAUUGUGAUGAUGAGAUACCUACUAAUGACUUCAUAGAUGGACAAUAUUAUAAUGAUUUAUUUGCUGAGAUGGAGGCUCCAUUAUUCCCUGGAUGUGAGAAAUACACAUAUUUGAAUUUCUUAGUUAAGUUGAUGCACUUCAAAGUGUUGGGGAAAAUUCCUAAUAAGAUUUUUGAUGGAAUGUUGGAAUUGUUACAAGAUGCAUUUCCAGCUCCAAAUAAGUUACCAAAAUCAUAUUAUGAUGCAAAGAUGUUGCUGCGUAAACUAGGCCCUGCUGGAAUCCCGGAGACAUGGCUUACAACUCAUCACAUUGACGACAAAGGGUCGGUCACUAAGGACGCGAAGGAUAACUAUGAAAAGUUGAUAAAUGUGCUUGAGACGCAUUCACAGUUUUCUGCGAGUUCGUCAGCUGGCAGUGCGCAACAUGCUACGCCAGCUGUACUUCCUCAACCUCAGUAUAGUUCUGAGGCAAUGCGAGAGAUGAUGGAGCGCAUAAAAGCCUUGGAGGAGCAUGUGACUAUGUUGUAUACAGUAUCUAAAUCUUCUCCACAUCCACCUAAUCAAGAUCCUGCAGCACCAAGCAAGUAGGAAGAAUAAUCUUAUUUAUGUAUUUUAUUUUUUAGGACUUUUUUACCUAACGAACUUUGUGAACCUGAACGAUUAACAUAUAUUUAUAAUUAAUUCUAAUUCUUAUUAUAUAA